AUGCUCGAGUCGCGCCUGUACCACGAGGAUCCGCCGGGUCUCCAAACCAAACUGGACAUGAAUCCGACGUUGAUCGUGUCAUGGUGGUGCACACUAUUCUCCUUGACGACGAUAUUGAUUAGAUUGUUCGGGCGAUGGAUUCGCACAGAAAGACUGUUUCGAGAAGACUGGAUCAUGUUCUAUAGCAUCAUUCCCCUCUUGAUUCGGAUGGCCUUGGUCCAUGUCGUUCUGAUUUGGGGAACCAAUAAUACGCACACUGAGGGACUCUCGUCCGAGGAGAUUCGUCAUCGGGAGAUUGGGAGCAAAUUGGUCCUGGCUUCGCGCAUCUUCUACGCAGCCUUUAUCUGGGUCGCAAAACUCACCGUUCUCGAAUUUCUCAAGCGCCUAAUUGGGAAAUCCUGGGCCAAGUCGUACGAAGUCGGACUUCGAUUGAUAUACGCUUUCCUCAUCAUCACCUAUCUCGGAGUCGUCAUCGGCACACUCGGCGAAUGCCAACCUUUCACCCAUUAUUGGCAGGUCGUACCAGAUCCGGGCCCUAAAUGCCGAGAAGGAUUAGCCCAACUAGUGGUGAUGGGAGUCUGCGACAUGGUCACCGACGUGGUUCUGAUCGUCUUUCCCAUCCCUCUCGUCUGGCAAUCCUCCAUGCGAGUUUCGAAGAAAAUAUCCCUCGUCCUCCUCUUCCUCUUAUCCACCAUCCUGAUCGCCAUUACGGCCUAUCGAAUUCCUUCUACUAUCUCACGUCGCUCCUCACAACAAUAUCGAUCGUUACUGGCCUCGUUGGAAAUCUUGGCGGCUGUGGGUGUAUCUAAUGCGAUUGCGAUAGGUAGUUUUAUCCGUGACAAGGGAGUGAAGAAAGCCAAAUUCAGAAUCCCAUCGUUUGAUGAUUCGAGUUCCAUGGGACGAACACCCACCCGAAGUCGAACCAGGUCCAUGACCCAUCACCAUUGGGGCUCGGACGAGGACCUUGCGAAGAGCGUUGGAGUGUCGCUACCCGCUCCUUUGAGACACGGGAGUACACUGGACAAAUUCCCCCGGCUGGCGGAAGUCGCCAUACCAAAUCAUACCUCCGUCGAUCUCGAGUCCGCUCCACACGGAUAUGGCUCAACAUUUCACUCGAAAUGGAAUUUUGCCGAAGCAUCUCGACAUCGUCGAAGGAAAUCGACUGAUAGCCUGAGCAGCACAUCAACCAACAUCAAACUGCGCGAUCUAAGAUCUCAGCUGGAAGAACCGGCCCCCCGUCCUGAUUACGUGGAGCCCGACACGCCAAGUAAAAUGGGAUUCUUUGACGUUGGUGGCCUUGUUGAUCAACCCUCGAAUGAGUCUCCUGCUUCCCGAUCUCGUCAGGCAUCCAUCCAUGAAGCUACACGUCGAUUCUCUCAGCCUCACCAUUCCGGAACGAGACACGGUUCCAAAGCUUUCCUAUCCGAUAUUGGUGGCAUCCUGGCUCGACAUGCUCAUAUUCGUGAAGAGGACGAAAUCCACUCUACGUCGACCGUGUCGCCCCGGAAAACGAGUAGUCCUGGUCGUUCACCGAUGCGAUCCGCCGAGAACAGAAAAGUCUCCAAAGGUAGUCGAUUACCUUCGCACCAGGUGGAUGAAGAAGAGCCCACACGGCCCCAACCCAGUGGACCGGAUGAUUUGAGUUUCUCUGAUGCUGGAGGCCUGCUACGGUGA